AACAGCAAGAAGAAACAAGGAAUCAAAGAAAAUUAAUUAUGCUUUUCUCUGUUGGAUUCCGCUCACCGCAAAAUUAAGUCCACAAAAUUUCAUGAUUGUGCAUUGUCCCAAAUUUGCAGUUGCAUCACAUCCGGGUACACCUUGGCACAUUGUCGAAAUAACUCACUCGCUCGCUCCUCCCAAACAUCCCUCCUUCAACUCAGAACACUAUGAGGCCGAGUCAGAAUGGUCUUCGCAGGUCAUCGAGGUAUGGUGGCAGCAACUGCGCUUUUAUUUCUUUGCAACCUACCUAGCAGGAUAAUUGCGAGCAGUGUGACAACCGCCACCAGCGUAAAUUCAAUAAUAAGUGUCCCAAAUACUACUGGAACAUGCGAGUUCAGGACCAUCAACUAUAUAACAGAUAUUCUACCUCAGCAAUGCCUCCGCUCUUCUUGGAGUGGCACAGAAUCUCCACUUACAACAGUGGCCAGAGCUACCGAUGCGGUCGGAGCCUCCGAAAGCCAGGGCAAUGAUGGCCUGACGGACACACCUUCUUUCAGCGAGUACGUUGCCCAAACGAAUGACGGAGGAGCCGCAAGGGAAACCAGCCGUACCUCCGAGCCCCGACAGUCCACAUCAUCAAGCCCAUCUCCAAAUAUACCGACUCCCGCUGCAUCUUCAAAUACCGUCGACGAAGGAGAGCUUAAUCAUGCCUCAUUCUUGUCUUUCGAGGAGUGGAAAAAACAAAUAUUAGAGCAGGCUGGGCAGCAAGAUUUGAAUCUUGGAAAGAGAAGGUCCGCGGAAGCGGCUAGGAAAAGGGAGUCGGAAGCUUUCCAAAAUAAUCUUGAGUCCCUGGGCGAGGAUGGGGAAAUCGAUUUGGAUUUUCGUGCUUUCAGGAGCGGAGCGGCAGAACAAACUUCAAGGAUGACUGAAGACAACCAUGCGGAUUCUUCUAAAGGUUCACGAAAGGAGAAAAGCGAUUCUGGACAUCGGAGGGAUCAACACAGAAGCAAGGAUGCUGGCAAGACCUGCAAGGAGCGUUUUUCAUAUGCAUCCUUUGAUGCCGGUGCCACUGUUCUGAAAACCCAUCAAGGUGCAAAAAACUCGAAAGCUGUGUUGAUAGAGAACAAGGACUCCUAUAUGCUCUCGGAAUGCAAGACACCGAAUAAGUUUUUGAUAAUUGAGCUUUCGGUACGAUUUUUAGAAAGCUGCAGUGGAGUUCACAUUGCUAACAAAUAAUUAGGAGGACAUUUGGAUUGACACUCUAGUUCUAGCAAAUUACGAAUUUUUCUCCAGCAUGCUAAGGACCUUCCGUGUUAGUGUCAGCGAUCGUUGGCCUGUGAAGACGGACAAGUGGAAAGAUUUAGGUAUCUAUGAAGCUCGAAACUCGAGAGAAAUACAAGCUUUUUUGAUAGAGAAUCCACAAAUCUGGGCAAGGUAUAUACGCAUCGAAUUUUUGACACACUACGGAAAGGAGUACUAUUGCCCACUUUCACUCGUGAGGGUUCAUGGCACUCGCAUGCUUGAAAGCUGGAAGGAUACUGAAGCUAACAAUGACGAGGAUGAGGAGGCAGAUGAGGACCCCGAGGACGGAUUUGUUCCAGAAGCUGUGGCAGACGCCAUUCAGGUAACAUCAACUGAAGUACAGACAGUGCAUGUAACAGCCAGUGGCCAAAAAGAGACCACGGGAUCAUAUGUACCUCGAGACGUUCAGAAAGAUGAGACGCCAUUGGAGACAUAUUCCAAACCACCGCCAACGCCAACCUCUCCUUGGAAGAAGUCUGUUGUCGGGCAAUCUGAGAAACUUAUUGGUCAAGCUAGGGGCUUGUGCUUCCCUUCAGAUGCCCCAGAACAUAUUCUCACAAGUCAAGCUGCUGUUGAAAAUGAGUCAACUGAUUUCAAAACGACCAUGCAAGUUCCACCAUCACCUGAAAUGAUUUCUACAGCCUUUACAGAUAACUGGAUCACGUCCUCAUCGUCAGCUUUUACCGGACCCUCGGCACAGCAGACGUUGUCCGAAGAUAGGUCAUCCUUAGCAAGCACUUCACUCACCAAGGAAACCCAUGAAUCUUCUAGGAUCGCCCAUGGCAGCUUACAUUCAACAACUCCGACAAGUUACACAACUACUAGCAUUCAUAAGCUCCAAGAUGCUACAAGUACAAAUAAAACCCGUAGUACAAACACUGCUUCUGCCUCUGCCUCUCUCCCCACCAUCCAAGAGAGUUUCUUCAAAGCUGUGUCGAGGCGUUUGCAGCUGUUGGAAACAAAUUCAACCUUAUCAUUGAAGUAUAUUGAAGAGCAAUCGAAGAUGCUGCGAGAAGCUUUUUUGAAAGUUGAAAAGAGGCAACUCCAGAAGACAACUGGUUUUCUCGAAAAUCUGAAUAGUACAGUUCUUACGGAACUUCGCGUGUUUCGUCAACAAUAUGACGAAAUUUGGCAGUCUACUGUCAUAUCGCUUGAAAGUCAGCGAGAAGAAUCUCGUCGAGAAAUCUUGGCUAUCAGUGCUCGUCUUAACAUCCUCGCAGAUGAAGUUGUCUUCCAAAAGCGCAUGUCUAUCAUCCAAUCCAUACUACUUCUUCUAUGUCUUGGCCUAGUAAUUUUCUCCCGUGUCUCCAGCGCGGAGCCUCUCAGUUUUUCUCUUCAUAAUCGACGCUUGCGCCGCAGCGCCAAUAGUAUGGGAAGUCCAAAUGAUACUCCUGGCUAUACAUCUCGGGAUCGCGAAGAUUAUAUCGGCGGCGCUAACUUUCCUGUAAACACCUGGAACAAUCAGCAUCGACGUCAACCCUCGGAUGAAUCUGUCAACUCGCGCUCACGGUCAAGAGGUUGGGGUCCUCCAACACCUAUAUCAACAUAUUCUCGUUCUGAUAACGAACUCACUCCUCCACGGUCCUUCGACGACGCCACCGCAAACACCAUAACUGCAGCUUCAACUGGUACAUUUUCUCGCCUUCGUAGAAGCAUCUCUAUGAGGUACCAAUAUUCCAACCCUUUAUUAUCUGCAUCGAAAGAACAGGAACUCCUUCGCACCUCAUCAUUCGGUCCUUCCCUUAGAUCGCAGAAUUCAUCACCUGCUUCUUUCUUGUCUGUUGCAGAUGCGAAGGAAAGAGGUAGUAAAGAAAGAAUUACUAGUGGUUUGGCUAGUCCCCCGCCGAGUGAUAACGACAGUCACGAUCCUAUGGAUGAUGUGAAUUCUGCACCCACAGGCGUUCAGCACGAGACAUUGGAGGAACGAAGUGUCAAUGACACCGGGGGAUCUCAGGCCCCUCAAAUGCUUACUCAAGAGGAACCUGAUAUUGAGCGAAAACCUUUACCUGCCUUGCCUGUUGGAAAUCCUAGCCCAUAGGAUGAUAUGUUUUUAUUUUGGUCUUUGGGUUAUUAUUAUUUUACUUUAGCGAGGAGUCUGGUUUGGGAAUCCAGGAGUCAUUUGGUCUUGGCGUAUACCAUGAUUGCUGUCGUUUCAGCUAUCAUAUUGACAGUGAAAUAUAUAUUUAUUUUAUGAUCGCAACAACUGCUAGACUUUUUUGGUUU